AUGGAAUCUGGAGCUUUCGAAGAGGAGUUAACUUGUUCUGUGUGUCUCCAGGUGUACCAGGAUCCCGUCAUAUUGCCCUGUCAGCACAGCUUCUGCUUUCAGUGCAUCAACAAGGCUUGGAAACAUGUAACCAAUCAGCUUGGAGUUAGCUGUCCUGAAUGCCGCAGAACAUUCAAACCUAGGCCUCAACUGAAGAAAAACUUCACUUUGCGUAAUAUCGUGGAGAAAUACAACCAGUCCCAGGUUACCGCUGCUGAAUCUACCCCUGUUAUGUGUGAGUACUGCAUUGAGAAUCCAUCUCCAGCGGUGAAGACAUGUCUCAAAUGUGAGACCUCAUUUUGUUCCCUUCAUUUAAAGCCACAUUUGACAAAGAAAACUUACCAGGAUCAUAUCCUGAUCGAGCCUCUAGAUGACCUUACGAAGAAACAGUGUCUGGAUCAUAAGAAGAUUCUCGAGUUUUACUGCGAGCAGGACGAACAGUGUGUGUGCAUAUCUUGUACAGUGAUAGGACGACACAAAUCUCAUAAUCUGCUGAGCCUAGAUCAGGCAGAAGCCACAGUCAAGGACAAAUUGAAGAAAGAAUGUGGGGACCUUCAUGAGAUUCAGAAAAAUGCUUCAAUUGAUCAAGAAAACUUGAAGAAAGCAGAAAGUGAAAUAAAGACACGCUCCAAUGAGCUGAAAGAAAAGCUAUCGGAUAAGUUCACUGAAUGGAGGAAACAACUGGAAGAAGAUGAGAAAUAUGCCCUUAAACUGAUUAAUGAUGAGGAGAAUCGAGUGCUGUCUGAAAUUAGGAGCAAGUCAAAAUCACUGGAACAAAAGAUGGAACAGAUUAAAUUAAUAGAUACUGAAACAGAGAAGCAAAUGAAAAUGGAUUGCCUUUCCUUUCUUCAGGAAUCUAAACAACUCUUUACCAAAAUUUCACAGAUCCGAGGUGACAUGGGAGCAGUGGAUGAUUACAACACACCACUUCAACAGAAAACAUCCAGGUGAGAGAAAUAUGCAGUU